UGUGACGCUGUGCUGACGUGUAUCUAGGGAAACCGAGGAAGUAAAUGGUGGUUCUUUGACAAAUGUUGUGAGAGAUCCAGGGGGAAGAGACAGUGGCAUGUCCACUAAACACGGGAGUGACUGGAGUAAGAGACUGGAGUGCGUUGGCAGACUCAGACCGGAGUCCAGAGAUCACAGAGCAUCAUGGGUAAACGCAGAGCUCCUGAGCUGUACAGAGCGCCCUUCCCUCUCUAUACUGUUAACAUCGACCCGAAGACCGGACUGAUCCUCACAGCUGGAGGAGGAGGCGCGUCCAAGACCGGGAUCAAGAAUGGAGUGCACUUCCUGAGUCUGGAGCUGGUCGGUGGUGUGCACAGCGCCACCUUGCUGCACACUCACGAAACAGACACGCGAGCCACCAUGAACAUGUGUCUGGGUGGGGAUGUGAUCGCGGCGGGACAGGAUGGCAGCUGUAGCCUGAUGAAGUUCAGUCAUCAUCUGGCCAAACAGGCUAAACCUGCUGCUAAAGAUGGAGCGGGAGAUAAAGGUUCAGCGAGGAAGAGAGGCGGGAAAGGCCAGAGCGCAGAUGGAGGAGGAGGAGACGUACCCCAGAUGAAGCAGGACUCUCCUCAGGUCUCAGUGGAGGAUGUUGGUGUCGUCCAGGGAGACCUCAGCCCACAGGACCCCUGCGUGAAGUGUGUGCGCUUCAGUGCUGACCUCACUCUUCUGCUGAGCGGAGGGGCCGACGGCUGCGUCAGGGUGUGGGAGUUCCCCUCUUUGAAGGAGAAGUUUAACUUCAAAGCCCACAAUGAUGAACUGGAGGAUAUAGACAUCAGUCAUGAUAAAAAGCACAUUGUAACGGUUGGCCGUGAUUUCGCGUGCAGCGUGUGGAGCGGCGAUCAGCUGGCCGUGGGUUUGUGUUGGCAUGAAAGCAUGCCUCAGAUCACAGAGAAGACGUACCGCUACAAGGCAUGCAGGUUUGCAAAAGUAGAGGACCAGAAAGACGCUUUAAGACUCUAUACGAUCCAAAUCCCUCACAAACGGGAGCGCAAACCCCCACAAUGCUACAUCACCAAAUGGGACGGUCGCGCCUUCCUGCCGCUGCUCACGAAGCCUUGUGGAAAUGAAGUUAUAUCUUGUCUUGCAGUGAGUGACUCGGGAACAUUUCUUGGUCUUGGAACGGUGACGGGUUCUGUGGGCAUCUAUAUAGCGUUUUCCCUGCAGAAAUUGUACUUCAUCCAGGAAUCUCAUGGCAUCGUUGUCACAGACCUGGCGUUCUUACCUGACGCUCCUAAAAGUAAAGCCAUAAAGGGUGAUAAUGAAGUGGUGAUGUUGAGCGUAGCUGUCGACAGCCGCUGUCAGAUACAUGCGCUGUCCAACCGGAGAUCGUUCCCGCUGUGGCUGGUGCUGUUCCUCUGUGGUCUGAUGGUGGUCGGACUCAUUCUGCUCCUGCAGGCUCUCUUCCCAGGAUUCAUUUAGUGUUGCAUAGGAACAUUUCACAUGCUAAAAUGACUCUCAAACAAACCUGGAUCUAUGAAAUUGUUCUAAUCAAUUGGAAAUAAUAAUGACUGUGUUUAGCAUCAUGUUUAAACUGAAGCAUCGUCUCUGGAGUGUGAAUUUGACCUUCUUAUGAAUCAGACUUGAUGAAGAAUUUGGGCAUUACCUGAAGAUUGAGGGGGGGAAAAAAAGGAUCAUUCAGGAUAAUUGAGAAACUGGUUGGAAACAGGACUGGGACGUCUCCUGUUCCACCAUGUGUCAAGAAUGCCUUUUAAUGUAAUAGAGA